GGCCGACCGGACCGACGACCGUGUCAGUUCGUGUUUCAGUUUCAGUCAGUCGUGUUUCGUACGCUUGACGUGACGGACGUGAACGGUAGUGACGGUACGCCGAGUGGCCUGAAGCCCAGACGAGCGCACGUGGAGGCACUGGAAGUCGCGGUAGCGAGCUACCGUUCGUUUGCUCGUCGCAGGGAAAGAAGGCAGGAAGGAAAACGGGAAACGGCGACGGCGACGCGACGAACGGCGCGAUGGCUAGUUUAAGGCAGACCCCGUUGACGUGCAGUGGACACACGAGACCCGUGGUCCAUCUCGCCUUCUCCGACGUCACUGAAUCCGGGUACUAUCUCAUCUCAGCGUGCAAAGAUGGCAAACCUAUGUUACGACAAGGUGACACUGGAGAUUGGAUUGGUACAUUUGAAGGACAUAAAGGAGCAGUGUGGGGUGUAGCAUUAAAUCCACAGGCUACUCGAGCUGCAACCGGCGCAGCAGAUUUUAAUGCUAAAGUCUGGGAUGCGAUUAAAGGAGAAGAAGUUCAUUCUUUUCAACACAAUCAUAUAGUUAAAUCUGUCAACUUUAGUACCGAUUCUAAUCAUCUUUGUACUGGUUCUAAUGAAAAACUUGUACGCAUUUAUGAUCUUAAUAAACCAGAAGCAGCUCCACAGAUCUUCUCAGGUCAUGCAAGUGGUAUUAGGCAUGUCACUUUCUUUGACAAUAACUCUGCCUUAAUUACCUGUGCAGAUGAUAAGACACUGAGGGUAUGGGAUAGAAAUAGUGGGCAAGAGGUUAAGAGAUUAGAUUUUCCAGCGAUUCCUAGUUCCAUGGAAGUAUCAAAAGAUGGAAACAUCAUUACCACUACUCAUUCUAACAUUGUUACCUUUUGGAACAGCAAAGAAUUAACCAAGAUAAAAGAAUUUAUGGUCCCGACUCAAGUUAAUAGUGCCAGCCUGCAUCCGGAUUGUACUAUUUUUGUUUGUGGUGGAGAAGACUUUAAAAUGUACAAGUUUGAUUACAAUACAGGGGCGGAACUAGAAUCGUUUAAGGGACACUUUGGACCCGUACAUUGCGUACGCUUUUCACCAGAUGGUGAAUUGUAUGCUAGUGGAUCCGAAGAUGGUACUUUGAGAUUAUGGCAAACUAUAGUCGGAAAAACCUACGGAUUAUGGCGCUGCAUAGAACAGACUCCUGCAAUACAAGAAAAUACCGCCGUUAUUAAUAACAAACAAGAAGUUCCUGCCAGUUAAACUUGAACCUCAGAGAGAGAUAAAAAAAUCUUCAUAAGUUUUCCGAAAGCCUAAAAGCAGAUAUCUCAAAUUAAAUUGGAUGAAUAAUCUGCAAA